AGUAAAAAACACAAUAUCGUUGUAAACUGCUGCUGUGCUGUGCUGCUUGUAAACGUGACUUGAUUAGAAGCUUGGCUUUUCACACUGCGCCUUAAAAACAAGAAAAGAAGCUGUGUUUCGUGUAUUUUUUUAUUUUAAACCAUAAACGCUGUGACUCGGCGCGCAAUUUCCACGAAAAACGUUAAUUUUUUGUUUAAUUUAUGCGAAAUUGCGCAAAGCAGACGUGAGGAAAAUGUAACAAACUAAGCAGAGUCACGCACAAACUGUAGCAACCAAAACGACAAAAGCAAAAACAGGCAAAAAGACAGGAAGUUUUGCAAAGUGCAGCAGCCGAUAGCAAAACUAACAACAACUCAAACAAUAACGACAACGGAAGCGCCAACGCUUCGCUGAGCGACUUGACUGUAACUUUAUUCGGCCAGCGGCGGCUGCAGCUGUUCCCAAAAUCUAAGCAACUGAAGCUCGUUUUGGCCUUGCAAUGGGAACACCCGGUGGGACAGAUGGCAGCCUCAAUAUGACCGCUUGGUUGGAGGAUUUGUUGCGAGAAGUGCAGCUGGAGCAGUUUCUGGAGCGCAUACGGGAUGAUCUCCAGGUAACGCGCUUGGCGCACUUUGACUACGUGCUGCCCGAUGAUCUGGAGCGCUGCGGGCUGGGCAAGCCGGCCAUUAGACGUUUGAUGGAGGCCGUGCGCAAGAAGAAAGCACAUCAGUGGCGAAAGAAUAUACUCUCGAAGCUGAUCGGUGGCGGCAAGCAGCCGUCAUCCAAGAAGCAACAACAGCAGCAGCAACAACAGCCACUACCAGGAGCGCUAACCUGCCUGAUUCACGAGAAAGAUAUAACGCUGGGAUUGAAGCUGGGCGACGGUUCCUUUGGCGUGGUGCGUCGCGGCGAAUGGAGCGCAUCGCCGGCUGGUAAAGUGCUCCCGGUUGCCGUCAAGGUGCUCAAGUCGGAUAAUCUCACACAGCCGGGCAUUAUUGAUGAUUUCUUUCGUGAGGUGCAAGCGAUGCACGCAUUGGAUCACUCAAACCUAGUGCGUCUCUAUGGAGUGGUGCUGUCACAGCCCAUGAUGAUGAUAACGGAGUUGGCAGAGCGUGGUUCGCUGCUGGAUACGCUGCGCAAACAAUGCCGACAUACAUCACUGACCCACAUCUGGAACUGGUCCGUGCAGAUUGUGACGGGCAUGGCGUAUUUGGAGCAGAAGCGCUUCCUUCAUCGUGAUCUUGCCUGUCGUAAUGUGCUGCUGGCCGCUGGCAACAAGAUUAAGAUUGGUGACUUUGGACUAAUGCGUGCGUUGCCCCAGGAGGACGACUGCUAUGUAAUGUCCGAGCACAAGAAGGUUCCGUUCCCCUGGUGUGCGCCUGAGUCACUGCGCUUUCGCCAGUUCUCACACGCCUCGGACACCUGGAUGUUUGGGGUUACACUCUGGGAGAUGUUCAGUUUUGGCGAGGAUCCGUGGGUAGGACUCAACGGCUCCCAGAUACUGCGUAAGAUUGAUCGCGAGGGUGAGCGUCUCCACCAACCAGAUGCCUGUCCGCCGGAUGUCUACGCCAUGAUGCUCCAAUGCUGGGACAAAACUCCCGCCGAGAGACCGACCUUUGCGGCGCUGAAAGAGUACCUGGCUAGUAUGUCGCCGCCGGUAAUGCGAGCCUCUCGCAGUUAUCACGACUCAAAGGGUCUGCAAAUCGAGCUGGGAGACACAAUAGCUAUAAUCGAUGGCCGCUCGGAGCUGAAGCUGAUCAAGGGACAAAACCAACGCACCUAUGACAUUGGCGUCUUUCCACGCACAUUGCUGGAGCAGCGUCGCCUGGGCGAAGUUCAAAUGCGCAGCAAUCCCGCACAUGGUUCGCCUUUUGGUUUUUGCUGGGGUGGAGGUGGUGGUGGCGCCACUGCUGCGGCCAUAGCGCAAGAGGAGCGACAGCGGAAAUGCACCUCGCUGACUCCUCAGCUAUCACAGAGUCAUGCCAAGGAGCGCAAGUCUAUCUCCAGCAAGCAGUUCGCCUACAACAAACUGGUCAACGAUGUGGGCAGUCUGCAGCGACGCAAUGCGGUUAAGCAGAAGGGCGCUGCGGGUCCGCAACGACCGCCGCCUCCCCAGCAGCAGCAUCAGCAAGAGGGCAUACUCAUAGACAUUUCGCCGGAGAUGCGGCCAACAGCGGGAGCAGCAGUUGGCGAUAGCGCCUCGCUGCAGCUUGAUAGCUCGUUUUGUCUGCUGGAUGCACCUAUUGAUGUGCCAACAUUCAACGAUGCGCCAGCCUCGGGUCCCAGCACACCAACCUAUUACAACGAGCAGGGGCAAUUUGAGUUUGAGAAUACUUCCCCGGCACGUCCGCAGCCGCCGCCCUAUCAAAUGCCGCCUACGUACUCCAACACAGUUGAGUUUGCCCAACAACAGCAGCAGCAGCAACAGUUGGUUCCAGUGCAGCAACGGGAUCCAUUUGAUACCAGUGCCCUGGAGUCUAGCAAUGGCGCUCUCAUGCUGUAUUCAAAUGUGGCUGCUGCGUCUGCCACGCCCGUUUACACUGCAACUGCACGCAAGAGUCUCUUUGGUGCUGGCGGCGAUGGCCAGAGCAAUGGACAUGCCAACAAGGAGAAUAUUCCAGCGCUUGAGUCCGCUGCCAUGCACCACAACCUCAGCAGUCUAUCUCAAGGUGUACCACCGCCACAACAACAACAGCAAACCGAGAGUGUGCUGCUGGACAAGUCCUUUAUAGCCGAGCUGGAGAAGGACAUGUACAGUAGCAGUAACAAAGCCCAGGAGGACUACCAGCGUAAUUCUGCCCAGAUGUAUGCCAAUGCUAACAAGGAAACGGUGCAUAAGCAAAAUCUAACGCCGCUUAAGAAUGCUGCCGGCAGCAGCGGUAAUCUCUCGCUACAUGCCAGUCCCACGUCCAAUGGUAGCCACGGAUCGCCGGCUGCAAAGCAAAAUAAUGUCGAUGUAGCAGCUGAAGGCACUGCCAGCAGCACACAGAGCCUCGUGAAUCGCAUUUGGUAUGAGCGUGUGGCCGCCACGCCCUCUACUUAUUAUGCGCCUCCCGUGCAGUCAGAGCAACUGUAUCAAAACCAGAACCAGGCGCAGCAGGUAGAAGCGAACCACUCUUUUGUGGCCAUAUCCAAUCGGGUGGUUGCACCUAGAAGCAGCGUCUAUACUUCAGCUGCCUCCCUCUAUGGGACCACGGGUGAGCGCUAUGAUGCUGUGGCUGCCAGCACAGCUGGAUCCACCUACUACGGUCAAGUGCCCAAUAAUGGCGCUGCCGGUGUUAUAUACGAUGAAGUUACACUAGACGAUUAUUUACGCCCGCAUCGACCUGCGCCGCUGGCACCGCCACCGCUCUCUGCGCAGCAGAUUCAACGUCGCCUGGAUAAGAUGCGCCAGCAACAGCAACAGCAGCUCGAGGGUGCACAUCAACUGUAUGCUCCUGUGCCAGCGGAAGCUCAUCGCGAGCAGGAAAAACUUCAGCAGCUACUGCUCGAGUUGGGCAGCACUGCAUUGGAACAGGAUGUGCGCAAUGCACUACGUGCCGCCAGCGGCGAUGUGCAGUUGGCGCUGCGUCACUAUAAGAUCGACCAGCUGACUCGCUUGGGACUAGCUGGGCGGCCGCAAUGUGAACAGGCGCUGCAUGCCAGCAAUUGGAGCCUAGACAUGGCCGCGGAGCUCCUGCUUCAGACGUCGGCGAGCUAGAAAUGAAUUCAAUUAAUUCGAACUUUAUUUACAUAGUUGAAGUACUCAUUAGUAUUGAAGCGGCAGCCGCUGGGCGUCGUGCUUUUAGUUGUUAGACUCAGUUUUUUUAACCGAUGUUUUUAUGUCUCGAAUCUUUGCAAAAUACUCGGCGCUUAUGCAUAGGAUAUCAGUAUCAGCAAUGUCCAAUAACUGUAAUACUAUAUACUUAUUACAACAUAUAUACUAAUUUUUAGUAUAGGCAAUUAUUCGAAAUGAACUUUUCAUUGUUACUGCAUUCACUGUGCAUAUAUAAUUUGAAAUGAACGAAAUGUUUACAUUCGAAACUGCAAAACUCACAAAUGCAUACAUUAUCAAUUAAUACAAAUAUGUCAAUGUAUGCCGCGGUUUAGUUAUUAAAUCUAUA